AUGGUUCGUCCAAUGGGUGGCUGUGGCCUCGGCGCCAUGGGUGGCGUUGGCUUCGGCGCCAUGGGUGGCAUGGGUGGCUUGGGUGGCUUUCGAGCACCCCCCGACGCUAUGGUCACCAUGGGAGCGCGGCUGCUGGACCCGGAUAAGGUCUCCUGGACGGCGCUCAUCGACGAGUGCGUCAAGAACGGGCGCCACGACGAGGCGACCUACUGCUUCCAUGCCAUGCUGCUGGAUGGCGUCAUGCCAGACUACGUCACGCUGGUAGCUGCCAUCUCCGCGUGCGCCAAGGUCGGCGCGCUCGGACUAGGUAUGUGGGUGCACCGGUUCAUGACCAGGGAGAGGCUGGAGGGCAACAUCCGCAUCGCCAACUCGCUGAUUGACAUGUAUGCCCGGUGCGGUAAGGUGGAGUUUGCACGGCAGGUGUUUGACGGCAUGAAGAAGCGGACGGUGGUCUCCUGGAACUCGAUGAUCGUCGGGUUCGCAGCCAACGGACGGUGCACGGACGCCAUCGAGCAUUUUGAGGCAAUGCGAAGAAAGGGGUUCAAGCCAGACGCUGUGACGUUCACGGGCGUCCUCACGGCCUGCAGCCAUGCUGGUCUCACCGACGAGGGGCUGAGGUACUAUGACGCCAUGAGGGAAGAGCACGGCAUCAAAGCAAGGAUGGAGCAUUACGGGUGCGUGGUCGACCUGCUCGGCCGGGCCGGGCGCCUGGACGAGGCCAUGAGCGUGGUGGCGACCAUGCCGAUGCGGCCGAACGAGGUGGUGCUUGGAGCCCUGCUCGCGGGCUGCCGGAUUCACGGGGACGUGGACAUGGCCGAGCAGCUGAUGCAGUACCUCCUCGAGCAGGACCCUGGCGGCGACUCGAACUACGUGCUGCUGUCAAACAUCUACGCCGCCGUCGGGAAAUGGGAUGGGGCCGGUAAGGUCAGGGGCCUGAUGAAAGCCCGGGGGGUGAAGAAGAGGCCAGGCCGCAGUGCUGUGGAGAUCGACGGCGACGUGCAUGAGUUUGUCUGCGGCCAUCGGUCUCAUCCGCAGGCUGGGGAGGUGUUGGACAUGCUUGACCUGCUCAGCCAUGAGAUGGCAGGGCGUGAGGCCGUGAGUGAGCAUUGA